GUUUUUACGAGCUGAUUGUGAAGGCCACACUGAUUAGCGCUUUCGUGCACCUGAGCACCAUUGAGACAGAAAAUGCUUUUAACAGUUAAUUUGAGCUCUACUAGAAAAUGAAACUAAUUUAACCGCGCAUACUCACAGAUGUAAUGUUUAUACCUGUUCAAAUCAGGUUUCCCUCUGGACAUGAAGGAGACGGUUGACCGGCACAAGAGAAGAGCUUCCAGCUCCGAGCAAAUGUGGUCCUCCUGCAGUGAGGGUGAGACCCAGAUCAGAGCUGGCGAGCCGGACCGUCAUGUAGGAGGGCUGGCCCUCUACCGCAACAGCCGAGCCUCCAUCCCUCUGGUGGGAACCCUGAUGAGCUCCUGUGGGCAGCAGAGCGAUGUGGUCAAACAAGGCUACCUGGGGAAGCUUGAGAGGAACCACAGAAGAUAUUUUGUCCUCAGAGCGGGUAGUCACACUGGCCCGAGUCGGCUGGAGUGGUACAAGUCUCUGGAGAAGUUUGCAGCCAUGGAAAAGUCUUCUGGAAAAGCUGUGCUGUUUGGGCCCAGCAAGCAAGGAGUGAUUUACCUGAGGUGCUGCAUUGGUGUCGGCUGCCUGGGCAGCUCCAGGAAAGGCCUCACGGUGGCGCUGUAUGCUCAGGACCAGACCGUGGUGCUGGUGGCAGAGGACCAGCAGGACCAAGAAGGCUGGUAUCGGGCCCUCAAGAAGAUGUUGACGGAGGAGCGUGAGGAUGAAGAGCAAGGGUGCGAUGAUGAGGAUGAUGGCUACUGCACGCUGCCGCCUGCCAGCUUCUUCACUGAGGUUUGGCAGGUCUCGGUGAAGCCUCGAGGUCUGGGUCGCUCCAAGUGUCUUGCAGGGGAGCUCCGUCUCUGCCUCACUGCGACCUCUCUCAUCCUGGCCCAAGUGGGAGCGUGCUGCGAUUUGCCCUCCAUCACAAUACCCCUGCUCAGCGUGCGUCGCUUUGGCCAUUUGGACGGAUCCUUUUUUUUUGAGCUUGGUCGGUCGGUGCCCAUCGGUCCCGGAGAGAUCUGGGUGGAAGCGAAGGACCAAGGAAACCCCGCCGUGGCUCAGCACAUUCACGAAGCGGUCCGAGACGCCGUCCGAGCGCUUCGGGUUCUUCCGGAUUUCAGCCGAUCCCCCACCACAAACCACAGUCAGCUCCUGGUCCCUAAACGCUGCAGACCCAAAUACAGAGACAAGUCCUCAAAAGGGAGACCAGUUGAUCCUCUCCUGACGCAAGCACAUGCACAUAGUGACACAACAGAACCUGACUCUUCCCCCAGCAAACACGACAACACCACGCCCGAGCGUGACGGCUACAUGGACAUGAUGAUGCACACUGGCAGUGAAGGGACUUGUGCCGCACCAGGUGAGGAAGCGGGUCAAGGAUACAUGAUGAUGUCACCGCAGGCCAGUCGCAGUUCCUCCGCUGCCCCUUGGGAUGAAUAUGUUGCCAUGGCGAGCCCGCAAAAAGACGACCGGCCAGCUUUCAUUUCCCCGCAGACAUCACGGAACAGGUACUUUAAACCCAGUACCUUGACGUUCACUUGUCCAGCCAUUCCACCAUCUCCUGCCUCUGACAGGCAUCAUCCAUCCAACCACCAGCUACAGCUGCCACCACCCUUUGGGCCCACUUGUUCUCCUUGGUCGCCUAUUGUCUUAAGUGCUGCAUUCCCAUCCAUGCAAACCCAGGCUUGGCCCCUCGCUGUGGCAAGCCGCUCUCCUCGUCUCCAAGCACAAGCUGCACAGCUUGCUGGUAGAAGAUCUCGACUCUCAUCAUGUCUGCUGUCUUGUCUGCAAGCAGACCGCUGAUCCAGAAAAUGACUUUGUCUACUUAGAGGUGAAGAGUAUGCGUAUUAACCUGGUUGCUUACUGUUUUUGUAUGAGUGAUAAAUGAAAUCAUGGAUAUUUCACUGUAUAAAUUAAUAAAAGACAUUUGAAAGCAAGUUU